UCAUUCGAUGUCCCAGCAACAACCUUCUAACUACCGCCAUGUCGUAACCCAAAGGAAGUGAAAAUAUCUAGUAGUAAAUAAAUUGUCGUCAUAUGCUCUACCAACCAAGGAACAAUGCCUCUCAUAGAAUAUCCCACCUCCUCCGAGGCUCCGACUUACUUCCUAGAAGCUUUCCCCCGAGAUGCUUGGGAACACGAAUAUUUGAUGGACCAUGCAGGUAAUAGGGUAUUUCCAAAGCAAGAAAAACUUGGUCUAUUUCCGCACAGCCAUCGAUCUUUCCUACCGUACUUCGUAAUAUUGCCUCACAUUCUGUUAGGAAACUAUUUACAAUUUCACUCUGUUUCAGAGACGACCUAGUUACAACGUUACUCAGUCAUUGUCCUCACCUAAUAACUCCAUUUUCCACAUGUUCACAUUAAGUACUCAUCAAAACAUAGCGUUGCCUUCGGUCGUCUGUUCAUGACGUUCGCCAAUGAGAAAAAGGGAGGGUUCAGGAAACAACACCCAUAUCUCCAUGGAAACUUCGCACCUAUCCAUCGCAUACAACCUUUGACGGCUUGUACUUAUACUGGUAUCAUUCCAAAGGAGCUUGCGGGCGGAGAGUAUGUACGCAAUGGAGGAAAUCCAGUGACAAAUGGAGACUUGGGUAGAGAUGCACAUUGGUUUGACGGAGAUGGAAUGCUCAGUGGUGUAGCAUUUCGAAGAGAAAAAGAUGGAGGAAUUCAUCCGCAUUUCGUCAAUCAAUAUAUUCUUACUGAUGCUUAUCUCUCGAGCAUCUCAACGCCAUCUCUCCGUGCACCUAUACUUCCAAGCAUAGCCACACUCGUCAAUCCUGCUUCAACUCUUCUCACCAUUAUCCUGCGAAUAUUCCGAACCAUAUUUCUUGUCAUCCUCUCCAAUCUUCCUGGAUCUGCAAAGGCCAUCACAAAAAUAAGUGUAGCAAAUACCAGUGUUCUAUAUCAUGAUGGCAGAGCUUUGGCAACAUGUGAGAGUGGGCCACCGAUGCGCAUUUCGUUACCCGGUUUAGAAACUGUCGGCUGGUACAAUGGUGUUCAAGCAGAAGGAGAGCCAGUUACGGAAUUGGAGCCUGGCGAAGUUUUUGGCGGAAGUGGACUCAUCGGGUUUAUGAAAGAAUGGACGACGGCACAUCCUCGAAUUGACCCUAUCACAAACGAACUUAUACUUUUUCAUUCUACAUUUGUUGCACCUUUUGUACAUUAUUCUAUUAUACCCAGCACACAGCAUAAUUUUUCACCUAAUAAAUCUCCUCGGCUCGUCAAUGCAGCUGUUCCCGGGGUGAAAUCCGCAAAGAUGAUGCAUGAUUUUGGAGUCUCCCUUAGUCAUACUAUAAUCAUGGAUCUUCCUCUUUCACUUGAUCCUCUAAAUCUUGUCCGCAACGAACCUGUGGUCUCUUAUGAUCCUGCUGGAAGAUCCAGAUUUGGCGUCUUUUCCAGAUGGAAGCCAGAAGACACUCGAUGGUUUGAAACGAAUGCCUGCUGCAUCUUUCACACGGCCAAUACCUGGGACGAAACAGUCUACAAUACAUUCACCAAAGAAGACGAAACAAUAUCAGUAAACAUGCUAGCUUGCCGAUUGACAAGUGCUUCACUAGUCUUUAGCGCAGGUGAUGUUGCAGCCCCUAUCCCGAAAGCCAACCCAAUCACAAACCCAGUAGAAGAAGAACAGUGCCGAUUGUAUUACUAUCGGUUUUCGUUUACUCAAGCGGGGAAUUUUAUAAGCCACCAAUUCGCUCUCUCGUCGAUACCAUUCGAAUUUCCAUCCUUACGAGAUUCCGUCGCGAUGAGUGAAGCUCAAUACAUUUAUGGUUGCUCGGUAUCAGACAGCACAUUUGGAGCUGCUCUAGGUCGUGCUGUGAAAAUCGACUCACUUGUCAGAGUAGACGUUCUUGCUUUGAUCUCGCGUGGAAAAGAGACCAAUCAGAUCCCCAUCAUAGGUUGUGUCGAUAGACGAACAGUCGCGGAAGUUCUGGCCUCGGACGACCCAUGUGACCCUAUCAAGAUCUUCAAACUCCCCGAAGGUUUCUAUGCCCAAGAAUCCAGGUUUGUACCACGAGAAAAUGGAAAAACGGAGGAUGAUGGCUGGUUACUUUCUUAUGUCUUCGAUGAAGCACAACUUGAUGAGUAUGGUGUCGCAGGUUCUCAAGCAAAAAGUGAACUCUGGGUUAUAGAUGCAAGAGAUAUGAAAACUAUUGUUUGCAAAAUACAGCUUCCGCAGCGAGUCCCAUAUGGAUUGCAUGGCGCUUGGUUCGGUGAGAAGGAGAUUGAGGAUCAACGACCGGUAGAAAGUAUCCGACACCUUCCCUUGGAAAGGGAGAAGGCCGUCGGUGAGGGCAUAUGGAUGCAUUCAUGGAUGAUGGUGCGGAAAUGGCUUUUGGAGAAACUUGGUUAAUCACGAUGAAUCCCACAAUGCAUGACAUUACAUGGCAACAUCGAUCCCGUUUGGGUGUUCCAUUGCGACUAGAUAUUUUUGUGCGAUCCUUCAUUAAUGUAAUCAACCUACUCCUGUAGUACAUAUCCUCUUUAUACAACGAUCGUACGACAGCACCAACAUCAACACCAAAACAAUUCAUUCGACCAAAUCCAGGCUCAUCUAUACUCAAGAUGAAACAUGAAGACCCACCAAGAUCUCCUCCUAUAUGUUUACAUAAUGGAGAUGGAGUCUUCAUGCUGCUUUAACGAACGAGUACGAGUCCGAACUUCGAAGACGAUAAAAUUGUGAAUCAUGUGCCCUGGAUUUGUUCGGUGAUGAUAAAGCAGCGAUAUAACUUCAUGGGAGUAAAGUAAAAGGGGAGGAGAUGACCGGGAAGUGUUUCAUUGUAAAUUUGUAGGGGAUGGAUGAUGUUGAGAUGUAAAUUGAUUAUUUGGUAAUAUGAUUGGUUCUACGCGCUCAAAUCGCAUCGGCGUAUUCGGAAUGGACCCUUUCUGAACGACGAGAUGAGUGUAUUAUGUUUCUUUUUGAUUUUAUAGCAAGGUCGCUUGAAAUUGAAGCCAGCAACGCUUUUUCUGUGGAUUUGAUUUAUGCCAUUGGAGGUAUCUGGGUAUCUGGAGAAAGCUCUAGCUACCUAGUUAUGUAAGAUUUUACGAUUUACUAUCAAGUACAGGUACUAAGAUCUAAAUAUGAAUUUAACUCCUCAUAUAAUAACAAUAUAUAACCAAACCUUAGUUAUCCUUAAUAAUCCGCAAUUUCAGCAGACUGGCCCGUUAAUUUAUUUACGGAGUUCAAAUCAAGUACCGAGCAGGCAUCCUUACAGGGCAACGGCGCAACCCUAGCCUCAUCGGCCGUCGAAGCUUUUCUCUGUUUCAUCGGAAAUCCA